ACACUGCAUCGGCGCGGACGCUCCGGCCCCGGCGAGGUGGCUGCAAACUCGCGGGCACGCACGGCGCCCGGGGAGCCGAGGGACUCGGGGGAGGGGACGCGCGCGGAAGGCGCCAGCUUCCUCCCGCCCGCCCCUGGCAGCCGCGAGCCGAGGUUGGAGGCGCCCAGGGCCCCAGCCGGGCAGAGCCGAGCGGCGGCGUCGGCUUCCCUUUUCUCCCCGAGCCGAGCCCCGGAGCGGCGCGGGGACCGGCCCUAAAAAGAGCAGGAAAUCUUGUUUACCGCCCGCGGAGAGGAGCCGAUCGAGCCUUUGUCUGGAAAGUCAGCAUCUCCGGCUCCGGCUGCAAUGUGUUCCUGGUGACAUUAGCAUCGGGCAGACCCGCCGGAGGAGGGGGGUCGCCAGGUUCCCGUCUGCUUUCGGAGGCGGAUCGAGCGGGUGACUUUUGUGCAUUCGUUUUAAUUUUUGGAAAUAUCUCUUUUUUCCUUUCUCGCUCGCUGCCGGGCAUGUCCUGAUCUGGCGGCCGCUCCUACCACCCUGGGCUGCCGAGCAGAGCCGUCCCCAGCGGGUCUCCCUCCCUGCCUCCCUGACUUUGCAACACCGCGUUCCAGGAGGACCGGCCUCGGCGAGGUAGGAGGCGGGGGAGCUGCGAACACCCGGACCCAAACCCUGACAUGCUCUGGGGCGGAGAAGAGGAAGCCAGGAGCUGAGCGCGCCGCGGGGGCUGCUUCGCCCGCCGGCUCCGAGCGCCGAGCUCCGGGCGCCCUGCCCUGCGCCUGGGCGGCAGCCUUGCUGGUCUGGGGGGCGCCCCCCGCUUCCCGCCCCGGGGGUCCGCGGCCGGCAGGACCAUGCUGCUGAAAGAGUACCGGAUCUGCAUGCCGCUCACCGUAGACGAGUACAAAAUUGGACAGCUGUACAUGAUCAGCAAACACAGCCAUGAACAGAGUGACCGGGGAGAAGGGGUGGAGGUCGUCCAGAAUGAGCCCUUUGAGGACCCUCACCAUGGCAACGGGCAGUUCACCGAGAAGCGGGUGUAUCUCAACAGCAAACUGCCUAGUUGGGCUAGAGCUGUUGUGCCCAAAAUAUUUUAUGUGACAGAGAAGGCUUGGAACUAUUAUCCCUACACAAUUACAGGUAAGUCCUUAUGUUCCUUUCUGCCGAAAUUCUCCAUUCAUAUAGAAACCAAGUAUGAGGACAACAAAGGAAGCAAUGACACCAUUUUCGACAAUGAAGCCAAAGACCUGGAGAGAGAAGUUUGCUUUAUUGAUAUUGCCUGCGAUGAAAUUCCAGAGCGCUACUACAAAGAAUCUGAGGAUCCUAAGCACUUCAAGUCAGAGAAGACAGGACGGGGACAGUUGAGGGAAGGCUGGAGAGAUAGUCAUCAGCCUAUCAUGUGCUCCUACAAGCUGGUGACUGUGAAGUUUGAGGUCUGGGGGCUUCAGACCAGAGUGGAACAAUUUGUACACAAGGUGGUCCGAGACAUUCUGCUGAUUGGACAUAGACAGGCUUUUGCAUGGGUUGAUGAGUGGUAUGAUAUGACAAUGGAUGAUGUUCGGGAAUACGAGAAAAACAUGCAUGAACAAACCAACAUAAAAGUUUGCAAUCAGCAUUCCUCCCCUGUGGAUGACAUAGAGAGUCAUGCCCAAACAAGUACAUGACAAUGGAUGAAGUCCGAGAAUUUGAACGAGCCACUCAGGAAGCCACCAACAAGAAAAUCGGCAUUUUCCCACCUGCAAUUUCUAUCUCCAGCAUCCCCCUGCUGCCUUCUUCUGUCCGCAGUGCACCUUCUAGUGCUCCAUCCACCCCUCUCUCCACAGACGCACCCGAAUUUCUGUCCGUUCCCAAAGAUCGGCCCCGGAAAAAGUCUGCCCCAGAAACUCUCACACUUCCAGACCCUGAGAAAAAAGCCACCCUGAAUUUACCCGGCAUGCACUCUUCAGAUAAGCCAUGUCGGCCCAAAUCUGAGUAACUUUAUAUAAAUAUCUCAUGGGGUUUUAUAUUUUUAUUUGUUUUUGUUUUCUUUUUUUAAGAAUCUUCUGAUAGAGAAAAAGACUGCUUUGUCACUCAAACAUGUUCCUUCAACCUUUCAGUGUGCAUGUGACUCAGUAACUUCACAUAGAACAUGAUUCCCUAAGUAUGCUACACAGCAUCAUAUUAGAUGUAAGAUGUAAGACUUGCAAAGGACAGAAGGAAUCUUCUGUAACCACAUAGCUGUAAGCCAGAGAGGAAGCCUUGUUAUUGGGCAUUUGAUGAGGUUUGGCAUGGACUUCAAGGAUAAAUGAAUGAAAACUUUGCACCACUUUUGUUACAAGGUAUGGUAGAAAAUAGUGAAGUCAGUUUCCUCUCAUCAAAUCUAAAAUUCUCCAAAAUACUCUCAGGCAUAACAUACUUAGUUGUUAAAUUUUGAACUGCUGAUUACUAAUACUUGAAUACCAAUAGUUACUGAGAUUGCUAUUUUGUGGUUAGUCUGACUCAGGAUUUGGAGCCUAAUUAACUCUCAACUUUUGAAAAUUUUAAUCAUCAAGCUAUAGAGGCUCCAAGUGCAAUUAAUAGUAACUCAUUUAUACCUUCCACAGAAUUUAAUAAAGAUUCUACUUGUUUCUGUCUUUUAAUAACUUUCCCCUUUUGUGCCCUUGUGGCCUCAGAAAUCCUUAAGAAUUGCAUGGAUGAAUGUGACCAUAACUGAUUUUGGAAUGGUUCAGUUUAGGAACCAAGAGGCCCAGGUGAGGCAACAUCUUUUUUCUCUACAGGUACCAACAAACCUUGACUUGUCAGCUUCCAUCAUCAGUUAAGAUUCUCAGAACUUGUAAAAUUAAUUGAAUAGAAUUCAUUUAGUAUCUGCCCACUCAAAGUACAAGGGUAGAGUAAGCUAACUGGGCUUUAACAUGGUCAGAAAAUGUCUGGUGCAUGAACCAUAAAAAAGAGAACUGUCUCCCAUCCCCUUCCUUGUUUUACUCUUAGUAACAUCCAGAAUUCCCUGGAACAGAUUGCCUACCACCAGACCUUAGAAAAGACUGUCAUUCUCUUGCUCCUUACUUGAAAUACAAAUAUUAGGAAUGUCACAGACAUUGAGUAACUACUGUCAAGUGGGAGGAGAGAAUGAGCAGAAUUGCUGACUCCUAUUUGUAGAGUGAAAAGGAGGAGUGAUAAUAGAUGCCCUUCUGUCUAGCUUUCCUUUCUUCAACUAGUGGUAAUGCAAGAUUAGAAUCAAGGUUGACAGGAGGCAAGAUCACUCACUGAAGUGACAGAAAGACAAUUCUCCUUUGCUCCAAAGAGAGAAAUCUGUCACCUUUGCACCUCACUGCCUUUAAACACAGAUGGGAGGGCAGGCCGAAUCUCAGCAUUGACUUUUGUCCUCCAAGAGAGGAAGCGAAGAAGUAAUUGGGCAACUCGGAGGCCCGUGCCCCAGCUAGCCUUCCUGAUCAUAACCUCCAACCUCAGGAAAGGGACCUUCCCAAAACACAGAUCCCAAAGGAAACAAAAUAGACCAAGGAGCAUAAUCUGCUUCUCUCACACAGCCUCUCUGCCAGUGGACCCUGCCUGCUUCCCUCUCAGUGCUCAGCACUCUGUGUAGUGUCUUUCAGGUUGAUACACUCUCCCAAGGUGCAGGCGCUGGCCCCAUGAGCCCAGCACCAAAGUUUUCUAAGUCAUAGGUCAGACUGUCAAGAUCAUUUCUUUAUCUAUAGGUUGAUGUUUAGCUUAAAAAAAAAGAAUAAACCUAGAACUCAAAGGAAACCCGUUGCAAAUAGCUUAGAUCAACAGUGUAUCUCUUCCCUAAGAAUGAUAGUAUCUUAGUAAGACACCUUCUAUGCAUGGUAUGGAAGCAUGAUUUUUGCUUGUGGGAAAACCUAAUAUUUUAUCAGACCCCUUGGACUUCUCAAUCCCUCCUUCUCCACACAGUAGUACUUAAUGAAAAUGUUUUGCUUUAGAGAGCAAAAUGCUACUUUCAGAAGACACUGAAAUAGUAUAUGUAUUUGCUUACCAUUUGCAAGCUAAAAUCAAGGCGGGGUGGGGUCAUUAUUUUCACAUAGAAUGUAUUUAUUUUGUGCAGGCUCUUAACACAUCUGGCACCUAGUUUUUCCAUUAAUAGCAUUGCUAUUUUCCCUUUUUAUAAAGUAGCUUCUGCUGUCAAGGUUAACAGUUCUAUAUGCUUUAGGAAGCUAAGUUCUAAUUUCCUUUUGUGAGUUUCAUUUCUUUUAUAACCAGUAUGUUACCACAGACAUCAGUUGCAAAGCUACGAUGAUAGUGUGAGUCUUAGCCAAAAAAAAACUGUGUGCUCUUAAAGUAUGUUCAGUUUUUCUGUCUACAUGUGCUUUGUGUGCAUUAAAAAGGGGGUGGGUGGUGUAGAUAUUCCUUUAGCUGCUUUGCAUAUUUAACCCAGUCAUCAAAAGGCAUAAAUGACUUCAAUAUUUUAUAUAUCUUGGUUUUCAAGUAUCAUUUCACAUUCUCUAUACAUGACUUUGUUAUUGUGGAAUACAAGCCUGCAAUGGAUGUAUAUAUACAGAACAUUAAUAAUUCUUAUAAGGAUGGAAGCCAAAUGGCUGCAUGAUGGAAAUUAGAAGAAAAAAAACGCAGAAACUUGAAUUUGCUAAGCAUGUUUGGGGGGAAAUAGAAUCCUUAACUCAGUGCCUCUGUCUGCGAUAUGGAAACCUUCAACUUUGUUCACCAAAAUUGUAUUAUAACUGUGUAUAUAUAUAUACAUAUAUAUAUAUAUAAAUAUAGUAUAGUGAAUCAGACACCAUCGGUUUUAAGUCUCUGGUAGCCAAAUUUAAAUAAAUAAUCCAUAGAAUAUCACAUAUGUUCACUCCCAUCUUCAUCUCUGAAGUUAGUGGAGACCAUCAAAAUGACUGUACAUUUCAUGACUCUGGGAAGAUUUCAAAUGUGAAGUGCCCGUGUGCAUUUUGUUGGCUGUAGCACAGCAUGCUUGCUUUAGCUGUGCUUUCCUGGGAUGAAAAGAUCUUGGUGUUUUUAACACAUAAGCUUUGUUAGAAAUCACCUCUGAAGAUCAUUUCAUUUUCUCACUUUGGGUUGUUGCAAGACAAAGCAAAGGAAAAGGAAAACAACGAAGGAGGCCGUGACAUUUUUAGUUGCCACCGUUGUAACUCAAACAAUAUGGGUUUGUUGGUGAACUGAUUGAUCAAGCCUUCUGUUACAGUUUUGCAUCUGUGUGUGGGGAAAAUUUUAAUUUAUUUGGAAGUAUUUAUUAGCCAUGUUGUUGGUCCUGAAAAUAAAUCUCUAAGUAGCAUAGUUGUGGGUAUAUUAUGCAGACACUUACCACUAUACCUGCAAAAGUAACUGUGGUUUUCUUUCAAGACACUGUAAUAAACAGUGAACUAAGAGAAUAGAUUCUGAUACGUCUCGAUAAAUCAUUCUCUGCAAAAGUUUCAGGGCUAAUGUAUUUAUGUGUGUUUUUAAAUUCUACUUUCUUUGGCAUCUCUUCAUGGUUCAGCGACAACAAGGUAAUAGGUCAUUGGCUGGCUUAGGUCAACAGGAAUUUUACUCUUAAGAAGGGCCAGUGUAUAGCUGACUCUCCAUAUAAUGUGUAAUCCUAUAAUCCAAUAGAGAGGAAUUGUCCAAAUAGUUUUAGUACCUUCUGAUCAUCUGACUCAGUAGGCUAGGAGACAAUCUGUCAUCUGAGCCAUAGUUCUUGAGAUUUAAAAAGUCUGUCCAGUGACUGCAAUCUGAUUAUAAAUAAACUAUUUUAAACUAUUCAUUCUUGCUGAAACUGAAGUGUACACAAUAGCACAGCGUUGGCAUGCUGAGGCAAAACAUUGGGUUCUUUUGUGUUCUACCUUCGAAACAAUCUGUUUGCAUUUGAAAUAUAAGUGUUUAAGCUUUUUAGAAGUUAGUGUAAUAAGAGAAUGUGAAUAUGUUGGGAAAUUUUCAGAUGCCAUUAAUAAUUGUAAUUUUGUUGUUAAAUUAACAAGUACUUUAGGAUAAGCCUCUCGAUGUUUUUGCUUUAAAUUGAAAGCAUGUCUGUCAAAUUGCAAGUCUCCCUUCAGUUUCUAUAUAUCACCCAGAAGAGGGUCUUUGAGUUGGUGUUGUACCACUCGCAUGUAGCGUCGAGUGUAAUUUGUAGUGUUUACAUUCAAGCUGGGAUCUUGAUUGGUUAAAUUAAUCCACAUACCACUGCCACUGCUGAAGGACCAGGUGUUGGAAUACACAGCAUUACAGACUAUAAGCAAAGCAAACAAAAGUUAAUCCUUACAUAUGCCAUCCUUCUGUGUCAUUUUGUGGCCGUUCUGUGUUUUUCUCCCUAGUUAUUUAUUAUUGUUAAUAACUUACUUUUUCUUAUUCUGUUGUAAAUAAAAUACAAAGCAAUCUUC